UUAACUUCAUAAAGUUCUAAUAUUCGUUUUGAAUAUUCAAUAGUGAUGAAUAAAUUAAGCUCCCCUUUUGUACACCCUAAGCUAUCUAAAUCAAACUUCUCACUUACUAACUCUCAUGAAGAUAGCAAUUCCGAUAGCAAUCAGAAUACUGAUCAGAAAGAUACCAAAUUUACUAGUUCCGACUCAAGCCUUCACAACUCGCUUGGAGCUCUUCAGCCAGAAUAUUCUCUUACUGAAGACAGUAAAGCCAAGACUGAUGACUCUUCUACUCCAGGAUUCCUAGAUCCUUGACCGAAAUCCACGAUUAUUAGCUAUCCAGGAUUUGCCAGACCGGCUUGGUGUAAGAAGUGCCACAAAGUUAAGCACUGCCACGCCCCUUGUUCUGUUGGGCCGGGCAGUUGUGAGCCAGGUGAAACUCACCUAGGAGGGAUUCCCCUCCCCACCAACGGCUACAGAAGCAUCGAUGUGAUUAAAGGGCGUUAUUCACUGGACUGAGUUUUUGAUUCAACUAAGCUAUAUACAAAGCCUGUCAAAACUCAUCAUCAUUAG